AUGGUUGGAUCGUCGAGUUCAUGGUCAGCCGCUUUGGUUCAUAUCUCUCCGUACACCUUCGCCGCCAUCGGAAUCGCCAUAUCCAUCGGCGUUUCCGUCCUCGGUGCCGCUUGGGGAAUAUAUAUAACAGGGAGUAGUUUAAUCGGUGCUGCAGUUAAAGCCCCUCGCAUUACUUCCAAAAAUCUCAUCAGUGUGAUUUUCUGUGAGGCGGUAGCCAUAUAUGGAGUUAUCGUGGCUAUCAUUCUUCAAACAAAGCUGGAGAGUGUGCCUUCAUCAAAGAUUUAUGAUCCAGAGUCCCUUAGAGCAGGCUAUGCCAUCUUUGCAUCUGGAAUAAUUGUCGGAUUUGCAAAUCUUGUUUGUGGACUGUGUGUGGGAAUAAUUGGAAGCAGCUGCGCUUUAUCUGAUGCACAAAACUCUUCACUCUUUGUCAAGAUCCUUGUUAUUGAGAUUUUCGGUAGUGCUCUUGGACUGUUCGGCGUGAUUGUAGGCAUUAUCAUGUCAGCUCAAGCAACAUGGCCGUCUAAGGGAUGA